AUAAACGGAGCACGACUGUGCACUGGCCGGUGGGCGGCGGCCAUCAACCCAAUUAGCUGAUGACAAAUAUCCGCGUGUGAUAAGCCCACCCAGAAGUCGCGCUGAACGUCAAUCGGUCCAUGCAUCAUGCUGUUUUUAUCUGAGUAAUUACUCGAUAUAAAAACAGCGGUGGAGAAUGAGAGGAAACACGAGGUCAGCGUAAGUCAGGCGGCUGGCGGGGAGCAAGGGGCGGAAGCCGCACUGCCGGGCGGUGCCUCUGCAAUCGGCCCACCGUUAGUGGGCAGGGCGGCCGCAAUUUGAGCCACACUUAUCUAAAUAGGCCAAUCUCGUGCUUAUGAGGAGGCUGCACGGUAGCGAUUGAGAUUGCAUUCCGCCGCACGGGAGUGCCGCCCGGACAAAGUUUGUUUGCAGCUAUCGCGAACUGUUCAUGACAGCCGCCCACUGACCGGGGUUAAUUCACUCAUCAGGUGACGGUUUGGGAUAGGGUUGUGUGCUCUGAUUUUAGAACUCUAUGGGCGAAGCAGAUGGGAUGGCAGGUUGUGGAGAGGUGGGGGUAAGCGGAGAGGGGCGGACUGGAGGAGUUCCGUUUCCUAGCUGGGGACGAGACGGUGAAUCAGGAACAUGUGACUGCACUGCGGCCGCCCACCAGCUCGGGUUCGAGCCGCGUGACCGCAGCAAUGUGCCGGAGAAGUGACGUCGUCUGGAAACUAGUUAGACAAUGAACGGCUUGAGGCAGCCGGCACGACAAGAAACCUUUGUUUGCCGUGAGUGCAUGACAUAACUUGUCCUGGGAUGACAGAAAACAGCCAGAUAAUCGUCAAAGUUUCGAAAAAUCAGCCUGGUCCCUUUCGCUGCCAUCCUGAAGUUUAAAAUGCAUCCCAGAAGAUCACGGAAUAAAUUUAUUUUUUCCUUCUAUUUACUGAGAAAACGUUUGAAUUCCUUAUCAAUUGUACUUGCAACAAUCACAAUCCGUGAACCUCUGUCCACAACUAGGAAAGAAAAUGAGAUAACAACCAACCACUGCCCUCCUCCAUCCACUGUUCCGUUGCAAGCAAACAAACCAAACAGCGGCCGGCGGCUGCAUGUUGUGGAACGCCCCGCGGCUCGGUUUUCCACCAGCCGCCCAUCACACUGCUGACCGCCGCUUUACUUGUCCAUCGUCGGCUGCCGCUCGGGUCAGCCACUAAAUACAACACGCUAACCCAAUAGUAUCAGCAGAGACUCAGGAUACGUCUGCCAGAAAUAGCUUAUCUGGAUCAAUUGCCCAAUUCCUGACCAACUGCAAGAGAGAUGAUUUGGUAGAACGGCAUGGCCACUGCAUGGUCCACCGAAUGCUCUAAUUAUAAUUCAAUAAAAACAGCGGUACAUGUCCGAGUAUUAGCUUGGUCUCACACAUAUACGUUUUACGUCAGUCCCGUCACACCAUUUACAUUAGCGUGUCCUGAAUUCGGCGUGGCGGCCAUUUCCGCGGCUGCGCUUCCUCUGGGUGUCAGUGCGGUCGGCGCGGUCGGCCCGCCUUCCGGGGUGUUUAGGAGGCACUGGAGCGUGCGGCGACCUCGCGCGGCGGUCGGGCGGCGGGCUGUGCAGAGAGCAGUGCAGUACGCGGCGGCAGUCAGUCCGGUGUCGGCGGCUGCAGAGAGCGAGCCAUCGCGCCGCCGCCGUCACCAUGUCGGCCGUCUCCCGAGUGCACCGCCAGCUCCAUGUGAGCGGCUCGGGCGGCACGCUGACGCUCGAUGCCGCCUCCCCCAGGUGGUUGGAUUUUCGGAGCAGCACCAUGCCGUCCGUGGUGAAGAAGGAGGUGAAGACCUCCACCAAACGGGACCCCCAGCACCCGGAGAUUGAGAUAAUCACGACGGAGACCAUCGAGACGCUGGACGACGGCUCGAGCACGACCACCAUCAAGACGGUGAAGAAGGGGCCCGGGCUGGACACCUUCCACAAGGAGACGCGCCAGGCGCUGGAGGACAGCAAACACGGUAACCGACGCCGGUCGUCUUCGUCAUCGUCCGAUGGAGGCAAACAUCACGGUCGACGUAAUCGCAGCUCCAGCCCUGAGAAGAAGAAGGGAGGACUACUCUCCAAGUUUAAGAGGGAUAAGACACCCAAGUCGCGCAGCCCGAGUCCCAAGGCGUCGAAGUCCAAGAAAGACAAGGAGUCCAAAUCGAAGAGCCGCCACCGCAGCAGCAGCAGUAACAGUUCCAGUGAUGACGAGGACAGCUUCGAGCAGGACUGCAUCAACGCCCACAACGACUACCGCAAGAAGCACGGCGCGCCGCCGCUCGAGCGCAGCAAAAAGCUCACGAAGAUGGCAAAGGAGUGGGCCAAGCAGAUAGCAAAUGACGACAAAAUGUCGCACCGGAAGGACAACUCGGAAGGCGAAAACAUCUACUGCAAGUGGUCCAGCAACCCCAAACACAAGGUGAAGGGCAGCGAGGCAGUCGACUCGUGGUAUGCCGAAAUCAAGGACCAUGACUUCUCCAAGGAGCCCUCUCCUGGAGUGCUCAAGAGCGGCCACUUCUCUCAGGUGGUGUGGCUGAGCACCCGCCAGGUCGGCGUAGGCAGGGCGCGCUCCAAGUCGGGCCGGGUCUACGUGGUGGCCAACUACAGUCCCGCCGGAAACUUCCUGGGCGACUACUGCGACAACGUGCCGCCCGUCGGCGGAUUCCCGGCUGGCUUCAAGCCUAAACGUGACGCCCCGCGGGUAGAAAAGAAGAAGAGCAAGAGCAAGCGCCGAAGCAGCAGCAGCAGUAGCAGCAGCAGCAGCGACGAAGAGGACUUUGCCGAGGAAUGCCUGAAGGCGCACAACGAGUACCGGAAGAAGCACGGGGUCCCGUCGCUGAAGCUGAACAAAAAGAUGUGCAAGUACAGCCAGCAGUGGGCCGACACAAUCGCCGAGAAGGACAAGAUGGAGCACCGGCAGGACAAAAAGUACGGCGAGAACAUCUUCUGCGUGUGGAGCGACGACCCCAAGUUCAAGGUGAACGGCCGCGAGGCCGUCGAGAGCUGGUACAGCGAGAUUAAGGAUCACAAGUUCGACGUCGAGCCGAAGGCGGGAGUCAUGAAGUCGGGCCACUUCUCUCAGGUAGUCUGGAAGGAGUCCAAGGAGCUGGGGGUCGGCAAAGCCCGCUCCAAGAGCGGCAAGAUCAUGGUGGUCGCCAACUACGAUCCGGCUGGCAACUUCAUCGGUGAUUUCACAAAGAACGUGCCCAAGCCCCUGUAAGAGCGUCCGAGGACAGAUACCAAGUCACGGCCAGUGUUCCCCGCGAGCGCGAGCGAUAAACCCCGCCGGCUCGAGCGAUAAUUUAGCGCCCCGCGAGGGUUUUAAGUGAACUGCUUGGUGACCAAUGUGAAGCAGUCUUUUUCCACUGCCUCACGUGUGACCGUGAAUGUCUGUGUGCGAUUUCGAGCGAGUGCUGAUGGAUUUAUAUAGCUAGUCGGCAGGGCUUAGCUAGAGACAGAAGUCUAUAUUUUGAAAAUGUGUGAAGUUUGUCAACCAAUUCAGCGACAUGGACAAGUGCAUGCAUAAAGUAAAACUGCAGCAGAUGGAUACUGCUGCAUUUGAAUGCGUAAAAGAUAUUUAUUUAUUGGCUAGGAAGUCAAACUUAAGACUAGGAAAAAAGUAUUCAAAGAAGACUUCUAGGCACGCGGCGCUCGGAACGCUUUCUGUGGGAAGGCGGGGGGAGGCUCGUCACGGAUGAGCUGUGCAAAUGAGCUUGUGCUUUGGUGAUAAAUUUUGCAUGCGAGUGAUUAUAUGAAUCUAGUCGAUUUUCCCCUAAACAAGUGAUUAUGUGUAAGGGGCUGUCGCAUAUCAAAGUUGGUGACUGAUGAUUUAUAUUAUUAAAUGGCAAAGCAUUUGAAACGCCGUUUAAUACAACGUAGCUAGAAUUCUUCCAGUUAAGUAAUGUGUAAUGAAACCAUUUUCUCGUCCACAGUGCUUCAAUGUCUAGUCUGAUUAAUUUCAUAGAUAAAGUGCCCGAUUGCUACGACAUUGUGCGAAAGAACAGCGCUUUAUGCAGCAAAUAUAUGUUGUUAGUAA